AAACGUUUCGGCAGACUCUUGCUUGCUUCGCAGUCCGUUUCGUCACAGACAUGGCUGUGUCCAGUGUUUUUAAAGCAGGUCUUUUCAAUUACAAAGUUGCAGUUGUGACGGGAGGCGCGACUGGGAUAGGAAAAGCUAUUACUUCUGAGCUCUUACAGUUAGGUUGCAGUGUGGUCAUAUCCUCCAGAAAGCUUGAGCGUCUAGAGUCAGCAGCUGAAGAGCUGAUGCAGAAAAUCCCCCCAUCCAGUCCAGCUAAAGUGACCCCUAUACAGUGCAACAUCCGCAAUGAAGAAGAGGUGAAGAACCUGAUGGCCUCCACUCUGAAACUUCAUGGAAGGAUUGACUUUUUGGUGAAUAAUGGAGGUGGGCAGUUUUCCAGCCCGGUCAGCUUGAUGAGCGCAAAAGGCUGGAAAGCUGUGAUUGACACCAACCUCAACGGAACCUUCUUAUGCUGCAAAGAAGCGUACAGUGCGUGGAUGAAAGAUCACGGAGGUGCAAUCGUGAACAUCAUUGCAGACAUGUGGAAGGGUUUCCCUGGAAUGGCGCACACAGGAGCGGCCAGAGCGGCGGUGGACAACCUGACCAAGAGCCUGGCCAUUGAGUGGGCUGACAGAGGGGUCCGCAUCAACUCUGUGGCUCCGGGAACUAUCAUCUCCAAAACUGCAAUGGAAAACUACAAAGAAAUUGGUCCAACAAUGUUUAAGAUGUCAGUGCCAUUCAGUCCGGCUAAAAGACUCGGUGUUCCUGAGGAGAUAUCGCCGGCCGUAUGUUUCUUGCUGUCUCCGGCUGCCGGCUACAUUACUGGAGCAACCCUGAAAGUCGAUGCAGGACAGAGCCUCUACCACUCUGUUUGGGAAAUACCAGAUCACACAGCCUGGCCUCCAGCCCCAUAGGGAGAAAAUACAGACAUAUUGAGAGAAAUCAUGGACAAGACCAAAUCCAAGCUGUGAAUCAUAACAAAACAAGUCUAGACCGUCAAACAGCUGCUCUUCAUCGCAGUGUGGGUGGACCACAAAUGUUUUUUUUUUGUUUUUUUUUUUGUUUUGUUUUUAACACGUCUUGACUGUGGCCUCUGAAUGUUGCUCACUGAAUUUCAUUAUCAGCAUCAUCGCUCUAAUAGUUCACGCAGAACUGUGUUUAAGCGUGUAAAUAUGUGUAAUAGUAUGAUAUUGUGAAUAUAACAUUUGUAAUUGUAAGAUUUAUAAAAGCAACAUUUAUCAGUUACCACCAGGUGAUUACAGACGGUAUGUAAUGUAUUAAAAAAUAACAAUAAAACAAUAGAAAUACAAGCCA